UCCGGAACUGUGCGAUCUGGUUAGAGCGGGCACGUUGGCGCAGUUGCCCGCGAAGGACAAGCGGGGGGAAAGCUAGCUGUGAAAAACGGCAGAAUGGGUAGCUGUUUCGGCAAUCCGGUCCCUAGAGAAGAGCAGGAUGCCCUCAAACAGCAGCGGGAGGCAAACAAGAAGAUAAACGACCAGAUAAAACAGGAUCGCCGCCGCUUCAAGGCUACUCAUCGCCUUCUUUUGUUGGGCGCUGGAGAAUCAGGCAAGAGCACAAUAGUAAAGCAGAUGAAAUUGCUUCACGUUGACGGCUUUAGUGACGAAGAACGCAAAGCUAAAGUGCUGGAUAUCCGGAGUAACGUCAGAGAAAGCAUAUGUGUCGUGGUGUUAGCCAUGAGGAAGCUCGGCAUUGCACUAGAGAAUGUGGACAAUGAGGCACUCGUUGACUAUAUGAUUAGCGUUUACAAGACACCAGAUUUUGAUUAUUCAUCAGAGUUUUUUGAACGUGCUGGUGUCCUCUGGAAUGAUGCAGGUGUGAAGGCUGCAUUUGAAAGAUCUCAUGAAUAUCAGUUGAUUGAUUCUGCUGGAUACUUUUUGAACAAAAUGGACGUAGUGAGAAAAGAAAAUUAUAGUCCUACUGAUGAUGACAUCUUGCGUUGUCGUGUUCAGACACGAGGAGUAUUUGAAACGAAGUUUGUCGUGAAUCGUGUUCGUUUUCACAUGUUUGAUGUGGGUGGACAGCGAGAAGAGAGGUCAAAGUGGAUUCAAUGUUUCUCAGGUGUGACAGCUAUCAUAUUUAUAGCAGCUUGUAGCAGCUACAACUUGACAUUACGAGAAGACACUUCUAAGUAUCGUCUCGUCGAAGCUUUGGAACUGUUUGCUAGUAUUUGGAACAAUGAGUGGCUUCAAGAGUCUUCUGUCAUUUUGUUUCUCAACAAAGAGGAUGUAUUGCAAGAGAAAGUCAACUCUAAACGGUUUCCGCUUGACAAGUACUAUCGUGACUAUGCUAACUUCAAACCAGAAGAGAGCGUGUACAAGGGACGACUUGCAAAUGAUGGAACAGAGACUUCUGAAGUUCGAAAAGCGAAGAUUUUCCUUGCAGAGACUUUUUUGAAAAUGACAGAGACAUCAGUUGGACGCAAAAGACCAAAGGGACAGGAAGUUAACAGGGAAUGCUUCCUGCACUAUACAACAGCAGUUGACACUGCGAAUAUCAAUCGAGUAUUCAAUGACUGCAGGAAUAUCAUUCUACGUUGGCAUUUGGAACAUUAUGAUCUUCUUUAGCUGCCACCACUUUAGCCGUGUAACACAAAGUAAACUAGCAAGUGAAGCUACAUGCGACUUCUUGCAAGUCUGCAAAGAGUUGUUAUACUAGCCAUUAUAAUUAGUAGCAGAAGGUGGGUUUUAUGGGGGACCUUGUGGGCUUGUAGAUGUUCCUACAUUGCACAUGAAUUGUAUUUGAAAUAAUAUUAUAGAGUGAACCAUUUUUGUUCAAGGUAAA